AAUUAGCGAAAAAAAGUUCUAAUUGCUUAGGUGCUUUUCGUCUAAAUAUCUCUUUUUAAUACUUUUCAUCCAUGUUCCCGUGUGGUUUAAUGUAAUAUUUGGUAAAAUUUUGUAAAGUAAAAUGGAAAUAGACUUAACAGAAAAGUAUAAGCCGGUAAAGUUGGAAUAUACUUCAUUUUCAACAUCAGAUUCAACGGAAUCAGGCCGGGCUCCAAUUAUUUUAAUACAUGGGCUAUUUGGUAAUGUGUCGUCAUGGAACCGUGUAAAGUCUGAAAUAAGUAAGAUGUCAAAAAGAAAGGUAUACUCUGUAACUCUUCGAAAUCACGGAGAAAGUGAGUACACAGAGGAAUUUACGCUAAAGCACAUAACCUCAGAUCUCCUGCAAUUUAUGCGAGACCAAGACAUCAAUCGAGCUAUCUUGUUUGGUCACAGUAUGGCAGGAAGAGCAUGUAUUGAAUUAGCUCUCUUAAAGCCUGAAAUGGUAGAAAAAUUAGUUAUUGAAGAUAUUGUAAUUAGUGAUAUACCAAAUGAACUAAUUUAUAAUUUAAAGAGUAUGAUGUCUGGCAUGAAAAAAAUUGUGUCUAAUUUGCCAGUAUACAUGAAUCUUAAUGAUGCGCACCUUAUGGUGAGUCGUUUCAUGCUGAAACAUGUAGUUCAGUUUGCUGCUAAUAGAGUGUCAUAUGAUGUAGAGAAGACACUGCUAUUUAAAAAGAAUGAGAAAAAUGGUUCAUUUGAGUUCUGCAGUAAUGUUGAUGUACUUUUGAAAAGUCUUGAUUCGAUACAUCUUUAUUCGAAUGACCUUUCAGUCGCCACUGUUUUUCCGGGAAAAGCGCUAUUUUUAAAAGGACAGUACUCACUUAUGCCCGUAGAGAAGGACAAAAAUUUGAUUCUGAAACAUUUCCCUCGUGCAGAAUUUUCAGUUGUAAAAGGAGCUUUUCACUGCAUACAUGCUGAGAAUCCUGCAGAAUUCAUCAGAGUUGUAACUAAAUUUCUGAUGUCUUAGAUUUUAUUUACUAACAUUUGUACAAUUUAUUAUUUCUCAUUUUUAAAUAUCAUAUAGUAAAAAUAAACAUUUAGAUUCUA